AUGUCUAACUCUGAUGAAAACAAGACUCCUAUCCAAAUCAAAGAAGAAAUUGACGACGAACCUAAUCUUAUGAGCCUGGAAAAGUUGGAACAAAACUCGCCGGAUAUUUGGUCGAAAAGGGGAGCACAGGGGUACAGCACACCAAACGUAAACUUUUCUCCUCCGGCAUGGACCAAAGGACUAACCCAGGAUGAUAUCAAUUCAAUGUAUCAACUAGGAGCCCUAUCUGCUAACGGAAUUAUUGCUGAAGUUAAAAAAAUUUACGACCAAGCGUACCAGUUGGGUGUUCAGGAGGCCAAAGAAAUGACCAGAGGUAAAUAUCUGAAUAUUUUCACAAACAAUCGCAAAAAACCAUAG